AUGGCUGAAAACACCAAAUUUCAUUCUACUCUAGUCGUCACCAACAUCAAACAUCACAUUCCAAUCACUUUGGACAUGGAAACCAGCCAAUAUCACUCAUGGGCAACCUUAUUUAAAGUUCAAGCUAAAGUUCAUUUCGUACUUAAACAUAUCAUCCCUCCUACGGAAUCUGCUACCAUAACAACGUACCAAACAACCAAGGCCGCUAAUCUACCUCUAUGGAAUCGCCUUGAUGUUGUUGUUCUCCAAUGGAUAUAUGCCACAAUAUCUCCUAAUAUCCUCACAUCGAUCCUUGUGGCUAAUGAUUCUGUUGCCAACGCUUGGCAACAUGUCACUGACUUGUUUCAAGAUAACAAAAACUCUAGGGCAGUAUAUCUUGAAACUUAG